UGUACAUUUACAUUCAUUAAUAGGGUAAUAUUAUAAAGUUUAUUCAGAAUAUUGAGUGUAUUAUAAUUUUUUUUUUUUACAGUAAUACAAUUUUAAUAGCAUGAUAAAUUAGACACUAAUAUUGUAUCACCAGGAUAAAAAUAAUUCAAUCUUAUUUUUUUUUCUGUAUUGAUAACUCGAUGGUAUUAUAGUUGACAGGUUCUUAUAAUAAUAAGUGGAUUAGUUGUGAACAAUCAAUAUGGUACCAGAUAGUACCUGCCACGAGCAUAACAUAAUAUUUCAUGCCUAUGCUGUAUUAUAUUAUUUUAUGAUGUUAAAGUUUUCAGUUGGGAUUUUACAGAUACUAGAACACUCAGCUUUCCUGAUGGAUCUCAAUGAUGAAGACGGGAUAUGGGAUAGUGUUUUGCUAGAACCAUUGACAGAAGAUACAUUUAUCUCAAAUCUGAAUUGCAGAUAUGAUUCAAAUAUUAUUUAUGUAAGUAAAAUAAACAUUUCCAUUGAUAAAAUAUACCAAUUAACAAUCAUAUAUUAUAUUGUAUUACUUAACUUUAUGAAAACCGAUUGGUUUUUAUUUUUCACAAUUUUAUUAGAGGCUUUCUUACAUUUUUUUUAACAUAGUUAGAUUAAUAGUUUUUUGAUAUGUUUAUUAUUCAUCACAAUUUUUGAAAAUCAGUAUAACUAAAACAAAUAAAAGUGUGAACAAUUUUUUACAAACACUUGAAUUGAAUGCUUUAAAACAGACAUUUUGAAAAAAAAAAUUACCAAAAAUGAGCAUGUGAGAGGAAACCUGAAUUAGUUCAAAAGUUUUAUUUGGUUCAAUGUUAAAUUGCUGUUUUACAAAAUAAAUUAAUUUUACAUUAGAAAAAUUACAUUUAGAAACUAUUUUUGUAUUUAAAUAUUUUAUACACCAUAUUUUUGUUGUAUUUAUUUAGAUACUGUACCAAUAUAAUUGUGUUAUAAAAUACUAUAGUCUAAAGCUAUUUUUAUUAAAUUUUAGACCAUUAAGUAUUUAAUUAUUACUUUAUUUAUUUUUGGUUAAAGAAUAAUUGUUGAUUGAUUAAUGUCUAUCAUAAUUCAUAAUAUUUGCAUGGUCAUUUUAAAUCUGUGGUUUUUUGUUGCCUGUGGGUUUAAAUUGUGUACACAUUGUUGCAUGAAGUCUUAAAUUAAUGUGAAACUAGUUCUUCCCCACUUCAUUUCUUACAGUUAUGAACAAUACAACAUUCUCAUCCAACCACUACUAAUCUGUAUUACAGAACCCUGACCUACACAAUAUUUUCUUUCAACAAGGUCAGGAAAUAUAUACAGCAAUAACAUAAUUUAUACAGACAUACAUUUUUUUUUUAAACAAUUACUUAUUGAUUCAUCAUUAUUUAUACUAAGAAUUAGUUACAUAUACCAUUAUUCGUUAAAACCAUGGUAUAGUCAAAUUAUUUAUAAGUUAAUUAUUUAUUCCUUUGUUUUGAUACUGUAAAAUCAAUCAAAUCAAAUUAAUUUUAUUGAUUUCAAAUUUAAAAUAAUCAAUACUUAUAAUAUCUUGUGCCAGGGUUAGCAAAUGAUAAAAUAGAUGUUCGGGUUUAAAAUAAUAUAUAUAUAUUAUUUAAACUCGUUAAUUAAAAUUACUUUACGAUGAUUUUCUAGACUUAUAUGGGAAAUAUGCUCAUUGCUGUAAAUCCAUAUAAAGAAAUAAAUCAAAUUUCUAUACCAUUAUGUCGAAUGUAUAUGUCACCGAGAUCAGGCCAUCUACCGCCACAUCUGUAACCAUCUUUAAAAUAUGUCUUACAUAGUAUGUUAAUGCAGUAACAAUAAAUAAUGAUAUUUGAUUUUUUUUAGAUAUGCUAUAGCUAGUUGGGCUUUUCGCUGGUUGGUGGACGCUGCUCAAGAUCAAUGUGUUAUUUUACAAGGUAUUUCGGGUUCAGGUAAAAGCCACUCUAUAUCGAUGAUGCUGCAUUGUUUAUGUGGGACCAAUAAUAAUAAUAAUUUGCUCAAUCAACGUUUAUUGAAUGCUAAUAGCAUAUUAAAUUGUAAGAUUAUUACAGACAAUUUUAUGAUACAUCAUUUUUGAAAAUUAUUUUUAAUUGAUUGUAAUUGUUAUUUUAGCAUUUGGUAAUGCCAGGACACAUAUUCAUGGUGAUGCUUCUCGUUUUGUAUGUAUAAUUUAUAUAAUUUACAUAAUUUUAUAUUAUUAUCAUUAUUAUAUUAUGUUUCAGAUAAAACAUCUUGAUCUAGAAUUAAAUUUUAAAGGGGAUAUUUUGGGUGCUACAAUUACAGGAUGUAAGUAACAAUAAUUAUGGUUAUAUGGCUAUUUUAAUAUUAAAUAAUAAAAAUUGUUUUCUUGUAUUUGGGCUGCAAAAAGAUUUAUUGGAUAAAGUGAGUUAUUCAAUUACUAGGUAUCAUUUUAUUCGUUAUAUUUUCAAAAAAAAAAAAAUAAAUAUGAAUUCGCAGUUGUAUUCUUUAAUUGUUUAUAUAUCCAUAAAAAAUUUGAUUAUAUUGAGAAGAAAAAAAUUGUAUUGUGUUAAAUAAGAGUUUUAAACUGUUUUAUAAAUUUAAUUAUUAUUCUAUAUUGGUUUUAUUAUAAUGUAUUAAUUAAUUUAUAGGCAAGGGUAACUUCGCAGAGUGCAUUAAAUAGAAAUUUUCAUAUAUUUUAUCAACUAAUUUAUGGUGCUGAUAUACAUUUAUUAAGUAAGCAUGAGUUUAUAUUGCAAUAUUAGGAAUAAUAUUUAUUUUUAAUAAUUUAUCCUAAUUAAUUUUUGUCAUUAUUUAUAAUUUCCAGAAUCAUUAAAACUCACCAGGAAUUCAGAAAAUUAUGUUUAUUUAAAGUGUAGUAAUCGUAUUAGACAAAUUGAUAUUGUUCAUUUUCAAUCAGAAUACCAAUCAGUAAAAGUAAUAAAUUGAAUUAAAUAAUGCAUAAUGAUUUAAUAGAUUAUAAAAUUUAAACAUUUUUUUGUUGCUUAAUCAUUUUUUUAAUGAUUUAUACUUUAUAGUUUCUAUUUUUUAGAAUUAUUAAAUAUUAUUAUUAAUACAUUAUUGAAUUACUUUAUUUCAAAUUUUUUGCUAUAUAAUAUUAUACAUACCUAUGAUAUCAUAAAAAUAUUUUAUUAUCAUACUAUAAUAUUUAUUUUAAUUAACUCACCAAAGUUGUUAAUAAAUAAUUAAAAAUUAUGUAUAAUAAUUAUUAUUAAAAUAUGUUUGCAAUGAUUAAUAUUUCAGUAUGGAUUUGAAUUGUUGGGGCUUAGUGAAUUUGAAAUGACAAAUAUUUUUAAAAUUGUUAGCAGUAUAUUGAAAUUAGGUAAUUUGAAUAUGGUACCAACUAAUAAUAUUGAUGGAACUGAAGGAUGUAUUAUUACAAAUGACUAUGGUAUGUAUUUCAGUUGUAUAACAGUAACUUAAUUAUGUAUUUUUCUUUUUUUUUUUAAUUAUGGUAAACUAAUAAUCUGAAAGUAGUUUUAUAGUCUAUUUUGUAUUGUAGGUAUAAUAAGUUUUAAACCUAUUUUCAGAAUUAUACGAAUUGGGUGAAUUAUUAGGCACUGAUGGUGAGAGUUUAAAAAAAGUUUUGACAUCAUCAGCUCUAUCAUCUGGCAUUUCAGCUAAAGAAGCCCGGCACGUUAAAGACUUGCUCGCUCAAUCAUUGUACACUAGGUUAUUUUCAUGGCUGAUAACAAGACUUAAUCAGAGUUUUAAGGCCGAAGCAAAAUUUAAACGAAGACAUUUAGGAUUUUUAGAUGCUUUUGGUUUUGAUUACUGUGAUAAUCAAAUGGAUUGGGAUAAUUUUGUGUUAAACUCGUGUAAUGAUAAGAUUCAUAAUUUAGUAAUUACUGCUACACUAAAAGAAGAACAGCAAGAAUAUGCAAUGGAAAGGGUGCAAUGGUGUCUUAUUCCGUUUUAUGACAACACAUCAGUCUGUGAAUUAAUAUUUAAGGUGUGUUAUAAAAAUAUAUUAUAUUAAUUUUAAACUGUAACUUUUAGUUAUUUAUUUGGGUGUAUUAAUAUUCUCUAAUGCUAAAAAUGUAUUAAAAUCAAAUAUCUUUUCACAAAUGUACAUGAGAGCACAGGAAAAGAAGGAUAGUGUUAAUUUUGAAAAUUGUUCAGCAAAGUAAAACUUUUCUUCAGUUGUAUGGACUACAUUGUUUUUUGACCAAUAUAUACAAUAUUUUACUAUCAAUGUUAUCCAAUUAAGAUUUCUUUUACCAAAUGAAACUCAACAUUCAAUAGUUUUAAAGUCAUUUAAUAUUGUAUCAUUAUCUCAUUAUUGAAUAAAUGGAUUACUACCCUUAUUCCUUUGUGCCCUUCACAUAUAUUAAUCCUUGUAGUUUAAAUACAUCAAUUCUUAGACUUUAUAUUUUUUGUUUUAUCAUUUAAUGUAUAGGGUGAUUUUUUUUCAUCAUGAACCAGCAAUUAUCUCUAAUAAUUUUAAGUCAAUUUGAUUUCUGUCUUUUCUAAUCAUUAUGGAUUUGUUGAAGCCUUAUUUUAAAACUAUUUUUAAUUUUUUACCCCUACUCCAAAUUAUGUAUAAUUUUAACUUAUAUUAUUUGAUAUUUAAAUCUAAUUAUUUUUAGACCCACGGAGGACUAUUAAGUUUGAUGGAUGAUUUAAUAUUGGACAGUAAUACUAUAUCAGUAUUUAAACAAAUUUGCGCAUUACAACGCCAGUAUAGUUCCUCAUCUUCCGAAGAACAAAUCAGUACUGCAGUAGAACAAGUAUCAUUAAAUGACUGUUUCAUGUAAGUAUGAUAAUAUUAUAAAUUCAUAUUUUCUUUUCAAUUUUGUUUUCUAUUAUACACAUUUGAAGUAACACUCAUGCAGUUACUUCAAAAAAAGUCUACUUUUAGUUUCUUACUUUAUUAGAUUUUGAGCAGACAAGGAAUGUAUUGGUUUUACAAUAAUGUUUAUUUUUUCGUUGACAAAUUUUCCACCAGUAAUUUUGCUUCUAUCUUUAAGUGUAUCACUUUUUCUAAUAGAAAAUCUUACUGAGGUGGUACUUUAAUGGCGGUCAUGUUUUAAUUUUUCUAGGAGUUUUUCCAAUAAAUAGGAAAAACACGAGAAAAAAUGUAGGAAAAUAUGUAUAACAUUACACUAAUUUUAUUAAAGAAAAUAUAUAAUGCAUAUGUAGUUAUUUUACCAUAAUAUCACAUAUAUAUAUAUUUUUGACAAAGUAACACUAUCAACCGAACUUGAAAUUGUUUUUAUUCGUUAAAAUUGGUUAAUCAUUACAUACAGAUAUACAUUAAAUUUCCCGUCUACUACUUUCUCAACUUCUUAUUUUUAACAGUGGCCUACACACGUGCGAAGUAUGCCCAUCUUUUAUAGUUUUUUAUUAAAUAUACCUAUAUAUAUAUAUAUUGAAUAUUAAACUGAUAAUUCAUUAUUUACAAAUUAAUAACCAUUUAAAAUGUAUAAAACUAGAAUGAUUGAGUGAAAUUUUACAAGUAUUUAAACUAUCUGUUCAAUUUUUUUUAAAAUUUAACCAAGCAUCUAAUAUUUCAUUAUAGUUUUUUAAAAAUAUCAUUUUUAUAAUUAAUAAUGUUUCAUUUUUUUAUAGGUUAAAUCAUUUUGUGGGACCCAUCAAGUAUAACAUUAAUACUUUUGUAGAGAAAAACAAAAAUAAUUUGAGUUCUGCGUUAUGUUCUACUUUGUAUAAUAGUACACAUCCAUUAUUGAAAUCAUUAUUUCCUGAAGGUAAUAUAAAAAUAUUAAAUUUAUUAAAUUUUUGAAAUAAAUACAAUUUAUAUAAAUUUUUUUAUUAUUUAGGAAAUCCAGAUAGAAUAUCAUCGUAUACCGUUUCUAAUCAAGCAAGUCAAUUACGAGUUUGGGCAGAGGCAUUUACUGCAACAUUAUCUGGUCGUCGUUGUCAUUAUGUUACAUGCAUAUCACCAAAUCGUCAUUGUCAAGUAAAUUUGUUCGAUUCUUCUUUUGUUCAACAACAAGUCAGAUGGUUCAGGUAAUUAAUUAUUAAAUUUAAAUAUAAAACACAAUUACUAGGUAUGUAAAUAUGAAAUUGGAAUUUGCCUAUAAAUACCUCUAGCUAUCAAUGUAGUUAUUUCUAAAUCACAUAAUUGACAUUAUUUACAUAUUAACAUCUGAAAAAAGGUAUUCAACUUAUAACAAUACAAGUUUCAUAUAACUGCAUAGAAUCACAUUGAAUGCUUGUUGAAUCUUAAGGUGAGCAUGGUCUUGAAAAAUCACAAUGCUCGAGUGGUUUAAAAAUUUAAAUGAAGUAAUUUUAAUGUGAGAAAUGAAGAAUGUGGAAGAGCAGUGAAAAAUUUUGAUGGAAGACAAUGUCCUGUGUUUGGUGGGAUCAGAAGGGUAUGACCUAUUAUGAGGUACUAAAACCUGGCAAAACUGUUAAUACUUAGCGCUACCGACAAUAAAUGAUUAUAAAUAGUUUUAGAUUUAAACUACCAAAAUAUUAAAAAAGAAAGGCGAUUUUGAUUUAUGAUAACGCCCCAUCAUCAUACAGCAAAACUGGCCAAAGAAAUGAUCGAGGCAUUUAUUUGGGGAAUAAUUUUGUAUGCGGCUUAUUUACUAGAUUUAGUUUCAUCCGAUUAUUAUUUAUUUGCAUCAAUGGGAUACACACUUGCUGAGCAGUGCUUCAUUUCUUAUGAAAAUGUACAAAAAUGGCUCGAUGACCUAGUCAUCUCAAAAGAGCAAUAGUUUUUUUGGCGAGGAAUUCACAAAUUACCAGACAGAGUGGGGGAAAUAUAUAGCUAUUAGUGGGUGAUACUUCGAAUAAAAUAUUUAUUAUCUAUUUCAUACAAUAAACGUAUAUUUUCUGUAAAAAAAAUUCUGGUUUCAUAUUUACAUACCCCUGGUAUUGUUUAAAGUUGCAUUUAAUUUUGUUAAAUCUGACAAUAUUUUUGAUUUUAGUCUUGUAGAAAUUGUUAGGUUACGUAGAUCUGGUUUCUGUUAUCGUCUUACAUUUGAAGAAUUUCUCAAUCGCUAUAAAAUGCUCAGUCCGGCAACAUGGCCUAGACCUCGAUAUGGAAACACUGCUCGUUCUAUAAGGGCAUUAGUGGUGUGUUUACCAAUACCAAGUGGCGAAUUUGUGUAUGGGGUAACUAAAGUGUUUAUAAGAUCGCCCCGAUCAGUGUGGGAAUUGGAACAGUUAAGGGCAGAACGUCUUAACCAGUUGGCAGCCUUAGUGCAAGAAGCUUGGCACAGGCAUAGGCGACAAAAUUGUACUCGUGGUAUUUUAAAAAAACAUCAAAACUUUAGGUAUUAGUUUUUAUUAAUAAUUAUUUUGAUAAUAUUUUCAUCAUAAAUAUUUUGGUAAUUUUAUGACAUAGGAUAAACGAUACUCUUUCAGCUGCCAAAUGCAUCACUAGAAUGUUUUUAACAUGGCAGGUAAUAAAUAAUUUUGUUAUAGUUUUUAAAUUUAACUGUAGUGUGUGACUUAAUUAGUAUAGUUACUUUUAAUUUAUCAUUUGUUUAAUUAAUUAAUUGAUAUUAUUAUUUUCCAGAAACGUCAAUAUUUAAUGAAACUAUCAAGGAGCUUAAGUACAGCUACAGAAUCGCCUAUUUGUAGAGCUUGGAUACCAUUGUCCAAUGCUCGAUUUGCGCACACUCAUUAUUUAUUAGAGACUUUACACCAUAAAUGGAGAGUAAGUUUUAUUAAUUUUACAGUAAAUAUUUUGAGAAACUUAAAAAUAGCUGAAUUCAAUGUUAUUUUGAUGUUCCUUAUUAUGAUAUAUAUUUAAAUAAUAUUAAAUCCCCAAAAAGUGGAAAAAUAAAAUGCAGUUAAUCCAAUUUUCAUUUUUCUGUUUUUAAAAAUAUUUAAUAAAUUUAUAAUUUGAUGCUUGAACAUGUAAAUUUAUAAAAUUUUGUUUGUACUAAUACUUAAAAAAAAAAAAAUGUUUAUAAUAUAACCAUAGUUGGGCAAGAUACUGAUAAAAAAGUAUGUUGAUACAUGAUAAUAGAUACAUUACAAAACUAUAAAAGAUCCAUGAUAUACAUUUUUUAAUUUUAAUAAUUCAAUAUUAAUUUUGUGAAUAUUUUGUUAUAACUUACAAGUCUUAUUUUAAUUUAAAAUAGAUAAAUUUAAAAAAAUGAAAAAAUAUUGUAAUUGUAUCAACCAGUUUUUAGAUUUUAAGUGAAACAAAGAAGCUUAUAGUUACACAAAGAUGUUUAUUUUUUUUUUUUAUCUGUGCACAACUUUUCUACCAGUAAUUUUGCUCCAACUUUUAAUGACAUCAAUGUAUCUAAAAGGAAAUUUCACUGGCAAAGUACUUUAAAGAGGUCAUUUUUUAAUUUCUCUGGAGUUUUCUUAUCAAAUUUGAAAAAAUGAAAAAAUAAAAAUGGGAAAAUAUAAAUCCUAAGAAAUUUAGGUAUUACAUAAAUUAGCUAUUAUAAAAGUUAAAAUAUAUUACGGCCUUUUUUUAUGCACAACUUUUCAAGCAGCAAUUUUGCUUUAAAUUUUAAUGAUAACAAAGUUUCUAAAAGAUAAUUUCACUAGAGAGGUUCUUUAGAGAUGUCAUUUUUUGAUGUUACCAAGAGUUUUCCAACUUAAUGUGAAAAACCAGGAUAAAACAUAGGAAAACCGGGAGAAAUGUACGAAAACUGGAAAAAUUGGUACAACACAUUAAACACAUUUUAUAAAAGAAAAUGUAUAAAGCCUAUUUAAUUAUUUUACUACAAAAUAACAUGUACCAUAUAUUGUUGACAAAGUAUUACUAUCAACUGAACUCCGCUCAAAACCUUUUUUUUUUCGUAAGCAAUGGUUUAUUGUUGCUUAUAUACAUUAAAUUCCCGUUGAUAUUCUAUCUUCCGAACUUCCCACCUACAUCAGUGGCUGCACCCUUCCCCAUUAUCUUACCUUUCUUUUUUAAGAUUAAGGUAGAUUAAGAUAAAUAAAUAAAAAGAAGCGUUUUACAUUAAGCAUAAUUAAUAAUAAUAAUAAUAUUUAUUUUCUGAUGUUUAUUAAUUGUAGUUUAAAUUAUUUUAAAGAGAAACUAUUGAUUGCCUUGUAAUAAAAACUAAUUUUUCAAAUAUAAAUCUUGUUGAAGUAUCAUAUAUAUUUUAACACAAAAAGAUAACUUGUUACUGUAAUAAAAAUCCUCUUGGUACAAACUACUUUGCAUCUUUUCAUACAUGAAACAUAUACUGUCUGUGAUACGGCCCACUUGUGAAUAUAACUCCCUAAAAUAUAUAAAAGAAAUUAUUUUCUAUUUACGACUCUUUUUAUUGCUUGUUGUUUUCACAGUAUUAUUAUCAACAAUUUACAUUAAGUAGUAAAAUGUUUGAUUAUAGUGUCACAAAUAUCGAGAUAAAUUAGAUCAAACGUCAAGGAAUCGUAUGCGUGAGAAAGUUACCGCCAGCAUUAUAUUUAAAAACCGCAAAGCAAGUUAUAAUCAAAGUGUAGCACACCCAUUUAUUGGUGAUUAUGUUCGUUUAAGACAACAUACUCAAUGGAAGAAAACAGCUAUGCAAUGUGAAGAUCAUCAUGUAGUGUUUGCCGAUAUAGUGAAUAAAAUUACUCGUAGUAGUGGAAAGGUAAUAGUUAUUCUGUGACUAUCCUCUUAAAAUUUAAUUGUGGGACCCUAAAAACCAGUUAUUUUAUUUAGUUUGUACCGACUCUUCUUGUAAUAUCGACAAAGUCUAUGUUGAUAUUAGAUCAGAGAACAUUGCAAGUGAAAUACAGAGUACCAGCAUCGGAUAUAUAUCGAUUAUCGUUGUCACCGUUUUUAGAUAAUGUUGCAGUCUUUCAUAUAAAAUCAGUAGGUUUUGAAAAUGAAUAAGUAUUCACUAGUAAUUAAAAAAUUAAGAUAAAUCAUGUAUUUAUUUGUAUUUUUGAAUAUGCUGAUAUUUCAUUAGGCGUAUGUGAGAUGUACUGACGAAGACGAAGAUGAUUUAGGUGGAGAAUGGUCACCAUCACCAAGUGGAUGUUUAUUUCACCAAGGCCCUGCAGUUGUUGGUCCUUCUGAUAGUACCUACAAGAAAAAAGGAGAUUUUGUUCUUCAAACUAGUCACGUCAUAGAAAUUGUCACCAAACUGUUUUUAGUCAUUCAAAAUGUGACUGGCAGUCCACCUGAUGUAAACAUAUCCACAAGGUAAUUGUUAAAUCCUGCUUAAAAUUAUAAUUUCAAUUAAUUAUGUCCCUAUACAAGUUAUAGAUUGUAUAGUUUGUGUUUAUAUUAAAUAUAGUAUUUUUAUUUGGAUUUAGGUUUGAUGCAAGUUUUGGCGAUCAAACAGUAACCAUAGCUUUCAAAUACUUGGGAUUACCAGAUGUGCCACCAGGUCAAAUAAAAAUUGUACGUAAAACAAACAAGAUGGAGAUAUUUGUAUAA